ACUCUAGGUGAAGAAGGGCCUAUCACCGUCUUCCAUGCCUCUAAUCGUAACCUUGGCAUUCCCGGCAACAUCUGCUAUCUAUAUUUCCCUCUCCCAGCACGUUCGGUCCGACGGCGUCUCGGCCAACCAACUAGAACAACCUCUUCCUCUCGAUUCACACCCUUCUGAAAAGAAUGCGCUUCUUCCGCUUCCCUUCCCUGCUGGUCCUGGAAGUCUACCUGGUACUAUCACUCGCCGUUCACGGUCGGCCGACUCCAGUGAUUCAAGGCCGACAAGGCGGUGCCGUCACUGCUGUCGUCGAUGUGACCGUAUUCGAGACGAUGACGCCGUCUGGUGGCUCUCCACCAGCAUCCAAUACCGAUUCCUCGACCCAUUCCGAAAUCACCUCUACUACGAGCCGCACACAAGCGGCCAGCACCACCACGACCGGGGCUUCUUCCACCGAAAGCCUCCCGAUCACUACGCUAUCAACAUCAGCAUCAUCAACAACAACAGAUGCGUCCUCUAAACCCACAAGCCUGGCAGACGAGGAGGUAUCAGCAACGACAGAAACGACAUCGACUGGGACCAAGGAGAUGACCGAGACCGGCGCAGUAGACACGAGCACCGGUACAAGUAGCGCCAAGGAGAGCGUGUCCGAGGUUGUCUCCACGGUCACAGCCACGUCGAUCUACUCUGAAGCGGGCGCCUUGAUAACGAGCGCCAGUAUUCAGGUGGUCACCGUCGAUCGACCCGUCGGGGGUAUGGUGCCCGCCCCUGUUGCCACCCCGGUCCAGGUCGUCACCGCCAAUCCUAUCGCCAACCCUGCCGCCAAUCCCGUCGGCAACCCGAUCGCUCCUCGACCUAGCACCGUCGUGACCGGUCGACCCAUUACCGCCAGCACCACCUUGUCAAGUCGUAUGUCUCGACUCGGUUCAUCCACCACCGCAUCAGCCUCGUCGACUACUGCCACCGCCAUUGCCCUCGUCCCGCUCACGACCAACAGCGAAGGAGACGCCGCUCCGGCUACCAAGACCGAAUCCUCUUCCCAGAACAAACCCCCUAAGCUCGCCGACAUGCUCGUCCAAGGCAUCUCUAGCACUUGCGAAUUGACCUGUGCCGCGUUCACCGACCUCGUCGAGGAAUGCAAGGGACCCAAUGUCAUGGAAGAUUUCCCCAGCGCCAACGAGGCUGAUGCACAGGAGCGAUGUCUCUGUAGUCAGCCUGAUCCUGUCCGCGAGUGCGCGGAAUGCGCCUCUGGGCUCAAGAUGUUGGGUUUGUAUGGGAGCUUUAUCAACCGGUGCCGAGUGGACGGGUUGUUGACCGUCGAAUCGACCAAGAGCAUCACCGUCACUGACGUCGCCAAGGCCACAGCGACUACCACCACCAUCGACCCCUCGUCCUCGACUACCAAAUCUACCGUCGAAAAGGCCGAAUCCGGCAGCAAGAAGAGCGGUUCCCAGACCUUUGGCCCCGAGGAGAUCUGCAACGUCGACGGACAGUCCAUCUCGAACCGAGAAGCUUACGAUCAAUGCGUCACGGACACUCGGGCGAUGAACCUGUCGAUCGGGCCUGAUGGGACCAUCCACCAGGACCAAGAUCAAGCUACUAACAAGUCCAGCUCGACGUUCUGUCAAGAUGCAGGGUCGAUGAGCAGCGCUUGUUACACGACCAUCUGUGAGGGACAGUUCAGCGCCGAGUGUUUCAGAAAGCUCGAGGGCGGGGCGUUGUCGGUUCAUGGGGUCGGUAAGGGGAUGGUCACGACCGUCUUUGUCGUCGUGGCAGCGUUUGCGUUGUUGUAGGCUUGUGUCAGUGUUCUAACGAGUCAGGUCGCCGGGCGAUGUAAUCGGGUGCUUCCCCAUCAGAAUGUCUGUUUUCAUUAUAUGCAAGUCAAAAUCCGAGGGCAAUGUCGACGAGAAGCAGGAGAUCGAAGGAACCGGGAGUAUCCAAU